AUGCCAACACAAGAAGGACAUGGACCUGUUGGAGCAUGUCCAGAGGAGGCCUACAAAGAUGAUCAGUGGGCUGGAACACCCCUCCUACCAGGACAGGCAGAGAGCGUUUGUUGCCCUGAGUCAGAGGACUCUGAGUGUGGGAAUACUGAGUUUCCAUUUGUGAACACUGAAAUUGUAAUGAAUCACCUGUAUCAGCUUAACAUUCACAAGUUCAUGGGGCCUGACGGCGUUCAUACCAGUGUGCUGAAGGAGCUAGCAGAUGUUACGGCAGGACCCUUCUUGACCAUUGACCAAAGGUUUUAUUAUUCUGGGGAGAUCCUUGCUGACUGGAAGUUAACCAUUAUUGUUCCAAUCAACAAAAAGGAUGCAAUGGAAGACCAAGGCUACAAGCCUGUUAGUCUGACCUCAGUUCCUAGAAAAAUUAUAGAGAAGAUUAUACUGGGUACUGGUGAAAGACUUUUAAAGAAUAACUCAUUAAUUAGCAGUCAACAUGGGUUCACAAUGGGAAAGUCUUGUUUAACCAAUUUGAUAUCCAAUGAUAAGAUCACUCACCUAGUGGAUGAAGGGAAGGCAAUGGAUGUAGUUUUUCUCGAUUUUAGUAAGGCUUUUGAUAUUUUCCUUCACAGUAUCCUUCUGGACAAGUUGUCCAACUGUGGGAUGAAUGAGUUCACAGUGAGCUGGGUGAUGCUGAAGAACAGAGCUCAGAAGCUUGCAGUGAAUGGGGUACCCCUGAUUGGCAACUGCGAUCUGGAUGCAGGAGUUGAAUGCAUCAUCAACAAGUUUGCUGAUGAUGCCAAACAACGAGGUGUUGUUGACUUCCUUGAGGGACAAGAGGCCUCACAGAGGGAUCUAGAUAGAUUGGAUCAUUGG